GGUCCCUUUAGCCCCACCCACUUUCCCAGCUUCCAAACCAGGUACUUCCGGCUUUCCAGGCCCAUCCCCAGCUGAGCUCACGCAGCUCACUCCCGGCCUCGCCUCUCACUGCCCGAAUGCUGCCGCCUGUCAAAGCCCAAACACUAGAUCCACGUGACCCACGUCGCACCCGGUGGGCGUCACGUGACAGGUUCAGUUUUCCUCCAAUGGCUGUGCACGUUGGGGGGCAUUCCAUCCAGAACCUGGCCUGAGGCUUCGAACAGCCUAUUUUUCGGUCACCCAAACAGGCCGCCUCUCCUACUCCAGUUCGGUGGCGGUAUCUCUCAAGGGUCCUCUUUAAGGUGACUUCGGGAGGCCUAGGCCUGCAGCGCUCUCAGUCCCGGAAGUGACAUCUGCCAGAGGGGCCGGAAGUGGCAGUGGAGGGAGGGAAGAUGGCGGAGGUGGUGAGUCCGGUGCCCGGGGCGGGGCGGAGGGAGCCAGGGGAGGUGGGUAGAGCCCGAGGCCCCCCAGUAGCCGACCCUGGCGCCGCGCUGUCUCCCCAGGGGGAGAUAAUCGAGGGCUGCCGCCUACCCGUACUGCGGCGGAACCAGGACAACGAAGAUGAGUGGCCCCUGGCCGAGAUCCUAAGUGUGAAGGACAUCAGUGGCCGGAAGCUUUUCUACGUCCAUUACAUUGACUUCAAUAAACGUCUGGAUGAGUGGGUGACCCAUGAGCGGCUGGACCUAAAGAAGAUCCAGUUCCCCAAGAAAGAGGCCAAGACCCCCACCAAGAACGGACUUCCUGGUUCCCGGCCUGGCUCUCCAGAGAGAGAGGUGCCGGCCUCCGCCCAGGCCAGCGGGAAGACCUUGCCAAUCCCGGUCCAGAUCACACUCCGCUUCAACCUGCCCAAGGAGCGGGAGGCCAUUCCCGGUGGCGAGCCCGACCAGCCGCUCUCCUCCAGCUCCUGCCUGCAACCCAACCACCGCUCAACGAAACGGAAGGUGGAGGUGGUUUCACCAGCAACUCCAGUGCCCAGUGAGACAGCCCCAGCUUCCGUUUUCCCCCAGAAUGGAUCAGCCCGUAGGGCUGUGGCAGCUCAGCCAGGACGGAAGCGAAAAUCAAAUUGCCUGGGCACGGAUGAGGAUUCCCAGGACAGCUCAGAUGGAAUACCUUCAGCGCCUCGCAUGACUGGCAGCUUGGUGUCUGACAGGAGUCACGACGACAUUGUUACCCGGAUGAAGAACAUUGAGUGCAUCGAGCUGGGCAGGCACCGCCUCAAGCCGUGGUACUUCUCCCCGUACCCACAGGAGCUCACCACGUUGCCCGUCCUCUACCUGUGCGAGUUCUGCCUCAAGUACGGCCGUAGCCUCAAGUGUCUGCAGCGUCACUUGACCAAGUGUGACCUGCGGCACCCACCGGGCAAUGAGAUUUACCGCAAGGGCACCAUCUCAUUCUUUGAGAUCGACGGGCGGAAGAACAAGAGUUACUCCCAGAAUCUGUGUCUUCUGGCCAAGUGUUUCCUCGACCACAAGACCUUGUACUACGACACAGACCCCUUCCUCUUCUACGUCAUGACAGAGUAUGACUGCAAGGGCUUCCACAUUGUGGGCUACUUCUCCAAGGAAAAGGAGUCCACGGAAGACUACAACGUGGCCUGCAUCCUGACGCUGCCUCCCUACCAGCGCCGGGGCUAUGGCAAGCUGCUCAUUGAGUUCAGCUAUGAACUCUCCAAGGUGGAGGGGAAGACAGGCACCCCUGAGAAGCCCCUCUCCGAUCUUGGCCUCCUAUCCUAUAGAAGUUAUUGGUCCCAGACCAUCCUGGAGAUCCUGAUGGGGCUGAAGUCAGAGAGCGGAGAGAGGCCGCAGAUCACCAUCAACGAGAUCAGUGAAAUUACCAGCAUCAAGAAAGAGGAUGUCAUCUCCACCCUGCAGUACCUCAACCUCAUCAACUACUACAAGGGCCAGUACAUCCUCACCCUAUCAGAGGACAUCGUGGAUGGGCAUGAGCGGGCUAUGCUCAAGCGACUCCUUCGAAUUGACUCCAAGUGUCUACACUUCACUCCCAAGGACUGGAGCAAGAGAGGAAAGUGGUGACCAGGCAUUGCCCACUGCAGCAGCAUGAGCCAGCAGAACUGGGGCCAUCAGCCUGCUCUGCACCACCCCCUUGGGCUCCCAGGAGAUAUGCCAAGGGAGACAGGGCUGAGGACAGCUCCCAGAGGAGGGGAGGGGCCAGCACCAAGGCACGCUCAGGGCUCAGGCCAGCUCCAUGGUCAGCUGCCUACAAGCCCAGGCCCACAGUGAACCAGGGACCAGAGGGAGCCAGGCAGUUGUGUACAGUGAGAUGGGGGUGGGGCACUCUGUACAGAAGGCUGGUCACUGUAAAAGUUUCUUUUAUAAAGUAAAUGCUGGGGGUGGGGUAGGUACUGGUUGCAAACAUUUUUUUUCCCUUUGCUUGUUUUUGAGAUAAGAUCUCACUUACGUACUCUAGGCUAGCCUCAAACUCCCCUUAUCCUCCUGCCUCAGCCUCCUGAGUACUGGGAUUACAGGCGUGGGCCACUAACCCCAUCAUGGCUGCAAAAUUCUGACCUAUUGCCCCCAGCAAUAAACUGUUUCUAUAA